GUGUGCAUUAAAGGCACACUUACUGAAAGCACAUUUAAAGCUUUUCAACACUCAGGUAACAGCUUCUCCUGCAAGAUGGCUUUCUUUAAGAAAUUUCUUGACAAAAUUUGUGAUGAUGACAGCUCCAAGGGGUCUAAAGGUGGUCCUGGUGAGACUGCUUACUUUGGAACAGUGAAAGCUGAUCCUAACUUCAAUGCCCAGAACGAUGCUGAAAAAUUAAAGAAAGCCAUAGAGAACAAAGAUGUGAAUGAAGCCACUAUUGUGGAGGUGAUAGCACAGAGGACCAAUGCACAGAGACAGCAGAUCAAAGCAGCUUUAGAGCAGAGCACAGGAAAACCUCUCGUAGAUGCAUUGAAAAACGCUCUGAAGUCAGAUUUUGAAGAGGUGGUUCUGGCUUUGCUCAUGACACCACCUGAAUAUAAUGCUUUUGAACUGAAAAGAGCCAUGAAAGGUCUUGGGACAAAGGAGGUGGUCUUAAGUGAAAUUCUGGGGACCAGAUCGAACAAGGAGAUUGAAGCAUUAAAAAUUGCUUUCAAAGAAGUGUAUGGACAGCUGCUGGAGGAACAAAUUAAAUGUGAAACUAGUGGACAUCUUGAGACAACCUUGCUUGCCCUUUGCAAGGCUACCAGGAACGAAAACUAUAACAUUGAUGAUGGACUUGCAAAGAGUGACGCAAAGGCUCUGUUUGACGCAGGAGAGAAUCGGGUUGGCACUGUGUGUUCCGUCCUGAUUAAUGUUCUGACAUCCAGAAGUGAAGCCCAGUUGUGCAAAAUUUUCAAGUAUUAUGGCCAAUACAGCAAAGACGGUUUUGCAAAAGAUAUGGCGAGUGAGCUGCAUGGAAGCCUUGAGGAUUGUCUUAUGACCCUCGUAAAGGCUGCCUGGAACAAACCGGCCCUGUUUGCAGAAAAGCUUCACCUGGCUAUGAAGGGUAUGGGAACCAACACUGACACACUGACUAGAAUCAUUGUGGGUCGCUCAGAAAUUGACCUGCUAAAAAUCAUUCAAGAGUACAAGAGGAUGUACGGCAAAACACUUCAGGAACAGAUUCUGAAGGAAACUGGUGGGGAUUUUGAGAAGAUUCUGCUGGCACUAUGCGGCACUCAAUAAACAUUUCUUUUGAAUCACAUUAAAACCAUCUGUGUACUUAUAUUAAGGGUGUAUUCAUUACCUGUGUAAACAGUGCGUAAUUCCAUCAUGCCUUGGCUGCUUAGAAGUGCUUCAUUAAAAUUGUGCACACUGUGAAACAUUUUAGUGUCAAUUAAUAGUACAUUAUUCUACUGGCUAAUAGUUUCUAUAGAUAAUGUAAUAAAUUACGAAUAAAUAAGUUUGGAGGCCGUGUAUGUGUUUUGUUGUCAUGUGUGGAAAAUAAGACAAAUUCCACAAACCCACAGAAAUAAUGAAUUCAUAUGAAUAUUUUUGUGUCAUGGCUCUGCCUCUGUUAGUUAUGUUUUUCUUGGUCCUGUGGCAGAGCCAUGACAAAGUCUUUGGUUAUGUGUGGAGAGAAACAUAUUAUUGCCCUUUUGACAAUAUUAUGCGUUCUCUCCAGUGUCUCGUCAUUGGCCCCGCCCCUCUCGUUUUCUGUAUUGCUUCCCGUCCGUGUUCCAUUACCUUCACCAGCCUUGUGUCAUUGUCCCUCGUUUGUCUUGCCCUUCAAAAAGCCCUCGUGUUCGCUGUCUCGUUGCUCGUUCAUUGUGGUUGUACCUGUUCCUGUUCCUGUCCGUGCCAGUGGUCUGUUGAAAGACCUAGUCAAGUUGAGUUUUUGUAAGUUCGUUAGUAACGUUUGUGUAGUAUUGUUCUAUUUAUCUUGUCUUAGUGUAUAUUUGUCAAGUUAACUUUAUUGUCUAGUUUUUGGUUCUCCCCAUCGCGGGUGUUUUGUUUUGUGUUUCUUGUUAAACAAUAAAGCCUUUAGUGUUAACCCCUUCA